AUGUCCUGGAGGGUGAUUUCUUCAGAGAGGCCUCCUUCACCUUGCCCAGAGCUGGCUUUCCAGGAGGCUCCCAUGCCUUGCUGCCCUGGCAGAGGGAGGAAAGACAGCGUGGCUUUGGCAACUGCCACCAGGAAGAAGCCCACAGGUGUGAAGGAGAAGCCAUUUCCCUUGCCUUUAUCAUGUCCCUGGGCUUAGCCUGAACAUUCUGCUCCAGCCAAGGUGGUGAGGGCAGCAGUUCCUAAACAGCGCAAAGGCAGCAAGGUUGGUGACUUUGGAGAUGCAAUCAACUGGCCCACACCUGGAGAGAUAGCCCACAAGAGCGUACAGCCACAGUCCCACAAGUCCCAGCCUGCCCGUAAGCUGCCACCCAAAAAGGACAUGAAGGAACAGGAGAAAGGAGAGGGGAGCGAUAGUAAAGAGAGCCCAAAAACCAAGUCGGAUGAAUCUGGGGAGGAGAAGAAUGGGGACGAGGACUGCCAGCGAGGGGGCCAGAAGAAGAAAGGGAACAAACACAAGUGGGUUCCGUUGCAAAUAGACAUGAAGCCUGAAGUGCCCAGAGAAAAACUGGUUUCGCGCCCUGCUCGCCCACCAGAGCCACGACACACACCUGCCAACCGAGGGGAGAUCAAAGGGUCUGAGCCUGCCACCUACGUGCCCGUGCCCAUGGCCCCCCCCACCCCAGCCUGGCAACCAGAGACCAAACCGGAGCCUGCCUGGCACGACCAGGAUGAGACAUCGAGUGUGAAGAGUGAUGGGGCUGGUGGGGCGCGGGCUUCCUUCCGUGGCCGUGGACGGGGGCGUGGUCGCGGCCGGGGACGCGGCCGGGGUGGCACUCGAACCCAUUUUGACUACCAGUUUGGCUACCGAAAGUUUGAUGGUGCAGAGGGGCCUCGCACCCCAAAGUACAUGAACAACAUCACCUACUACUUUGACAAUGUCAGCAGCACUGAGCUUUACAGUGUGGACCAGGAGCUGCUCAAAGACUACAUCAAGCGGCAGAUCGAGUACUACUUCAGCGUGGACAAUUUAGAGCGAGACUUCUUCCUGCGACGGAAAAUGGAUGCUGACGGUUUCCUUCCCAUCACCCUUAUUGCUUCCUUCCACCGAGUGCAGGCCCUUACCACUGACAUUUCACUCAUCUUUGCGGCCCUAAAGGACAGCAAGGUGGUGGAGAUCGUUGAUGAGAAAGUCCGCAGGAGGGAGGAGCCAGAGAAAUGGCCUCUUCCUGGUCCCCCAAUAGUGGAUUAUUCCCAGACCGAUUUCUCCCAGCUUCUCAACUGCCCCGAGUUUGUGCCCCGUCAGCAUUACCAGAAGGAGACAGAGUCAGCGCCUGGUUCUCCCCGUGCAGUCACCCCAGUGCCAACCAAAACAGAGGAGGUCAGCAACCUAAAGACGCUGCCCAAGGGCCUCUCUGCCAGCCUGCCUGACUUGGAUUCGGAGAACUGGAUUGAAGUGAAGAAGAGGCCGCGGCCGUCCCCAGCACGGCCCAAGAAGUCAGAGGAGCCCAGGUUCCUCCACACGACCUCUCUGCCUCAGCAGCUGCCUUCUCAGCAGCUGAUGUCCAAGGAGCAGGAUGAGCAAGAGGAGCUAGAUUUCCUGUUUGACGAGGAGAUGGAGCAGAUGGAUGGGCGGAAGAACACCUUCACCGCCUGGUCUGAUGAGGACUCUGACUAUGAGAUUGAUGACCGGGAUGUGAACAAGAUCCUCAUUGUCACCCAGACGCCACCUUAUAUGCGUCGGCACCCUGGGGGGGACCGCACAGGCAACCACACCUCGCGUGCCAAGAUGAGCGCUGAGCUGGCCAAGGUCAUUAACGAUGGGCUCUUCUACUACGAGCAGGACCUGUGGACUGAGAAGUUUGAACCUGAGUAUUCCCAGAUCAAGCAAGAAGUCGAGAACUUCAAGAAAGUCAACAUGAUCAGCCGGGAGCAGUUUGACACACUAACCCCAGAGCCCCCAGUGGAUCCCAACCAGGAGGUCCCUCCUGGACCACCCCGCUUCCAACAAGUCCCCACUGAUGCCCUGGCCAACAAAUUGUUUGGUGCUCCUGAGCCCUCCACCAUCGCCCGUUCUCUACCAACCACUGUCCCAGAGUCGCCAAACUACCGCAAUACCAGGACCCCCCGCACUCCCCGGACACCGCAGCUCAAAGACUCAAGUCAGACAUCACGGUUUUACCCAGUAGUGAAAGAAGGACGGACGCUAGAUGCCAAGAUGCCUCGGAAAAGGAAGACAAGACACAGCUCAAACCCGCCCCUGGAGAGUCACGUGGGCUGGGUGAUGGAUUCCCGCGAGCACAGGCCCCGGACGGCUUCCAUCAGCUCCAGCCCCUCAGAAGGGACACCUGCAGUUGGCAGCUAUGGCUGUACCCCUCAGUCUCUGCCCAAGUUCCAGCAUCCUUCCCACGAGCUGCUCAAGGAAAAUGGCUUCACACAACACGUCUACCACAAGUACCGUAGGCGCUGCCUUAAUGAGCGGAAACGCUUGGGCAUUGGCCAGUCUCAGGAGAUGAACACUCUCUUCCGCUUCUGGUCCUUCUUCCUCCGAGAUCACUUCAACAAGAAGAUGUAUGAGGAGUUUAAGCAGCUGGCUCUGGAGGAUGCCAAAGAAGGCUACAGAUAUGGUUUGGAGUGCCUUUUUCGAUACUACAGUUACGGCCUGGAAAAGAAGUUCCGGCUGGACAUCUUCAAGGAUUUUCAGGAGGAAACGGUGAAGGACUAUGAAGCUGGCCAACUCUAUGGACUGGAGAAGUUCUGGGCCUUCUUGAAAUAUUCCAAAGCCAAAAAUUUGGACAUUGACCCCAAACUUCAAGAAUACCUCGGCAAAUUCCGACGUCUCGAAGACUUCCGAGUGGAUCCCCCCAUGGGUGAGGAGGGCAACCACAAGCGACACUCAGUGGCAGCAGGAGGUGGCGGCGGUGAGGGCAGGAAGCGGUGCCCCUCCCAGUCUUCCAGCAGGCCCACCACCAUGAUCAGCCAACCCCCCACACCACCCACUGGCCAGCCCGUCCGGGAAGAUGCCAAAUGGACAAGCCAGCACUCGGACACACAGACUUUGGGAAAGUGAAAAGCCUGUUAGCCCUGGGGUUUUUGGGGGGGGAAUGGGGGGUGGGCGAAAGUCCAUGGGGGUGCCCAGUCCCAGGAGAGGGGACAGAGAAGGGACAGGCCUAGAGUCAUUAGAAUGGGCCUUCGUGCUGAGUAGCAACAUGUACACCAUUUGGGCUAUCAGAGGUACCCCUGGGCAGGAGCCUCCACAUACCCCCUUCCCCCUCCUCUCUCCAUGACUCUUCUUCACAUCCUAGCUUCUUCUAAGGGGGGGAGGGAAAGGGAGAGAUUUUUUUUAUAUAUAUAUAUAUAUAUAUAUAUCAAGUUUUAAAUUAUUGAUAGUUCGUCUGGAUUACCAAAAUCACUCUGUAGCCCUGCCCGCGGCUGGUAGGCCGCCACCCUGGUUCCCACCCACAGCCUCCUCCUGCUCCCCCUCAAGCCAACUAUGCAGCCCACAAGAAGGCCCUGUGGGCCCCAUUGCCCAGCACUGUCCCAUGGAAGGCUCUGGCAGCGUCCCUGGGCCCCACGAGCACCAGCCCCCUGAUCAUCUGGGGCUUGCCAUCACCAUGUUCUCCCCCUGCUGUCCCCACCAUGCCCUUCUGCCAUCUUCUGGGAGAAGGAAACCAAAGGAUCUAGAAGUGGGGGCGGGGGAAGGUUUCAUCCUCUCCCCACCCCCCUCCCCAUACCCCUUACUCCCCAGCCCAGAGAGACGCUGCUCAUACCAGAAAAGACUAUUGAAAGAUGAUUUAUUUUAUUUUUCUCUGACCUUUCCAUCCUUGGAAGAAAAAAAAAAAAAAAAAAAGACAAAAUCGACCAUAAAAGACCAAAAAAAUAAAUCAGAAAACCCCCACCUAAUCCACAAAAAGUGAUGUCUUUCCCCUACCCUUGGAUUUUGUUUUUUGUUUUGUUUUGUUCUUGGAAAUAAUAUUUUUUUAAAAGUUGCCUUAUUGUGGAGCGGGAAUCUGAAAUACCCAAAUGCCUGUUUUCCUCGGCGGAGUCACCUCGAAGAGCUCACACCUUCUCUGGACGUGCCUGGGCUGGCUUGGCUAGAAUCUUUCUCUGGACUGAGUUGCAUGUACAGUGCCUCCUGCCUGUAGGCAAGAGAGAUGGGGGCGGCUCCGAUCAGAGCCGUGCCCGAAAUACCCCUGCUGUUGCAUCGUUGGAAGCUGACGUCCUGUGUCUGUACUCUGCUGCCACUGUCGUGUCCUCGCUCUGCUUGCUGUUGCUUCAUGACAGGCCCCGUCCUGCCAUGACACCCUUCAUCCUACCCUUGGAACCCCAAGGCCAGGUUGGCUUCAAACUGUUGAAGAAGAGCAUUGGCCUGGACCUGGGACACACUUGGCCUCAGCUUGACCGUCUCCCCCACCUCCAAGGGGAAAGGCGAACACCUGGCAGCUGAGGCUUGGAAAUGUGUUGCCCUGAAAGAUCUGAGACCUCAAGGAGGCUUUGUCUCCGAACAGGUGGAGAAGGAUGCCAUUCUCCUCCCUCGGGUCUGGUGGGGUCUCCCCAUCUUGCAUCCCCCCUCUGCAAGCCAUCUCUGCCCACCCUCCAAUUGACCCUGCCCGGGAACGAGGGAUGAGGAGGAUUUGGGGGCUGGGGGGAAUCCUGCCAGUUGGAGAAGCCCCGCGGCAGGAAGGUAUAUGUGGACAUAGAGUAUACCUGACUUCUCUUCUCCAGCCACUGACU